GUAACUUCCGGUUUACCCUCUUCCUCCUUCCCGGAUUUCUUCUUAGCGUGACCGACGUUUCGUGUCUCUUUAGACUUAAAAAUGCGUUACGUGGCCGCUUACCUCCUGGCUGUGCUCGGUGGAAACACCAGCCCCUCUGUAAAGGACAUCAAGGCCAUCUUGGGCAGCGUCGGAAUCGAGGCUGAGGAUGAACGCCUAAACAAGGUCGUUAGUGAACUUAAUGGGAAAAACAUCAAUGAAGUCAUGAACUCAGGCCUCUCGAAGUUAGCCUCCGUACCAGCAGGUGGCGAUGUGGCGGUGGCUCCUGUCGCAGCUGCUGCUGGGGCUGCACCUGUUGUUGCGGAAGAGAAAAAGGAAGAGAAGAAAGAGGAAUCGGAAGAGUCAGACGAAGAUAUGGGCUUCGGACUCUUCGAUUAGUCUGUGUUCUGUUUCAAAAGCAAUAAAAAUGUAAAAGGUU